AUGACUGACUCCGACGUCGCCCUGCGUCUCAAGACCUCGUGUGCGACGGCGCACGCUCAUUACGACCAGGUUGUGGCCGUCUCGCAGAAGAUCAUCAAUGACUCCUUCGAUGAUCUGUACAAUCAAUUCCCGGAGUAUGGUCAGGUCGACUUCUCCAACCGAAGGAUCGGGAGCAUUAAAGGGUCUCUGUACUCGCCCCGUCUUCUCCUCGGCGGUGGCGUUGGGGCCGAUAUAUCCCUGACGUCCGCUCUGUAUGUCAUGCGCUUCAAGGAUGGCGAGAUCACCAUUCCCGCCGACGACGACAACGAUCCGGAUCAAGUCGAACCGCUGGCUGGGUGGAACCUCGCAGUCACGAUCGACUUGAAGACCCAGAGUGUGGUCGUCGAUCCCGAUGCCGAUCCGGAUGAGCAGGAGCGACAGCAAGCCAUCUGGGACUUCAUCCAUGGCAAGUUCGACGUGCCGGGCGACUACAGCAUCCAGCGACUGUACGCCAAACUAGCCGAUGCGCAUUGGAGGGACUUUGACUAUGCGAACUCGCAGUUCGGGGUCAACACGGACGGCUCGCCGAGGUCCUGGGGACAGCUGAUCAAGCAGUACCCCUAUCUCGAGACCGAUCUUCAGAUUAUGCUCAACCAUUGGGCACUGGAACAGGAACAGAAGGGCCUGACGACGACGGGAAUCAAGUUCACCUUGCCUCCGCCCGAUAAGAUUGAUCCCUUGAAGCCGACCUUCCAGCCGACAGCCAUGGUUCACCAGGUCUACGGAUACACCAACCCGGGCAAGGGGGUUCCGGACCCCGUCAUCUCCUACGAUGUGCCGGGGGACCUUAACGCGCUGCUUUACUGUGAGAUGGUCGCCGAUCACGAGCUCCCCAAGGACAGGCAGCUUGCCUCCGCCGGCAACUUCACGACGCAGGCCUCGACCAUUGGCGGGCCGCGCAUCGACGGCACCUAUGCACUGAGUCACCAGCUCUUCCUGGAGAGCUUCCUACUGCCAAUGCUGCAGGCUUUCAACAAGACCUCAAUCAUCUACCCGACGGACGGAAGCUUCUCGUCCAGCGGCAGUGCGAGCCAGAUUGACUGGAACUUCGCCGUCGGCAAUGAUGGUGUGCACCAGGACAGCGCCGACGAGUUCUUUGUCUUCAAUCCGGUCACCAACAUCGACACGCCAGCUGACGCAACUGCGUACCGGUUUUCGAAACAAUAUACAUCCAGCCUCUCACCGCACGGGCACAAUACCGAAUAUGGCGUGUACGGCAGCUACGAUGCAACGGGCAGCUGUCAGGUUGACUUCAAGUGGAAUCCGGGUGAACAGCGCUUCACCCUCUCGGGGUCGUCCGUAUAUAAGUACGACAUCGAAUGGGCAGACAACGAUGCCAUGCAGCGACCGUAUGGGUGGUUGAGAGACACAUUUGAAUGCCACUGGAGUAUGGGUAUUAAUAUCGAUAGCGUCGAAGGAGGCGUGCUCAAGCUGAGUGUUAACGCCGGCUCCAAGAGCGAUGGUGAUGCCAAGGUCACCCAAACACAACACGAGCAGCAACAAAGCGUGUCACCCGAAGGCCAAGCAGAGAGGAUCCAGGCGGAAAUCGUGAACCAGAUCUCCACCCACGUUCAGACCCUUGAGCAGAACUUGGCCAAGGACUUCCAAACGAGCGCCCAGUUUGUGUACCCGGGAAAUGGCACAUUCAACUUUUCGGCGGCGUGCGUUGGAAACACCGGGGAAAUCCUGGCGACCGUUGAAUACCAACCCCUCACAUCCGGCAAGACCACGAUUCCGUCUCCCGUCACCCAUAAACUGGCCUCCAUGGCGCAGUUCGGCUUCAGGACUGUCCCAGUCAGUGCGCCCGGAAUAGCGCCGGAGCCCAAAUUGGACUGGUCCUUCCGCAAGCCGCUCAAGGGCCCAGAAGACGCCGUCGAGGUCCUCAUUCAGGGCACCAACAACGGCGACGAUCCCGUCCUGCUCAAGGGCAUCGCGUUGACGGUGAGCUCUGAGCCGGAUGGCCGCGGCCUCGUGACGGCCCACAAGUUUACAGCCGACGAAUGGGUCAUUGGGUCCCCGGACGCGGCCAAGUCCGACAUCUUCCAAAUCGUGAACGCGGACGGCACGGCGGCGUUUGCCAGCGUCAAGGUCGUCCCCGGCCCCUUGGCCAGCGACGGCUCGACGCCACUGACCUUCUCCGGCACCGGCGAUCUGUCCGUCCCCUCUGGCGGCACUAUCACCCUGGCCCUCUUCACGGGAACGGGCGUCCCCAACACCUACCAAGUUCCCAUCACCGAGACAUGGCCACCCGUAGAUGGCGAAGCUAGCCAGAGCCUGUCUCAAUCGAUUGAUGUCGUUGUAUCCCCCUGAGGCAGGACAAGUCACGAUUUAGGGCUACGGUAU